UUUCCCCUUACCCCACAAAUCACAAAUUUUCCCUCAAUUCCUCAAUCCCCGCACAUCAUCACGGAGUCUAGAACCAAAAACUUACACUACUACUACUACUACUUUAUAUAAACUCUGUACAAGAAUCAAGAAACCAACACAUCAAAUAUUCUACUUUCCCUUUUGUUCUAUUUUCAUUAUGGGUCAUUUCACUAAGCAAAUGACAUUCUUCUUGUUCUUGGUGAUCUCUACUCCAUUGGUGCAGAUUGAAGGUAGAAAAAGCAAGUUUAUGAUCAUUCCUGCAUCUCCUACACCAGCUCCAACUCCUAUCAAUGAAAUUAGUUUUCCUCCAUUUUCAUCCCUUACUCCAACUCCAACCCCAUCACCAGCAACAGCGCCAACACCGUUUUUUAAUGAUUUCGCGUUUCCUCCAUUGUCAUCCUUAAGUCCAACACUGGCACCGGCACCAACACUAGCACCAGUAGGUAAUGUUCAAGAUCCUGAUGUGAACGGCGUACCUGUGCCUGCAAUAGCACCACAAGGGAGAGGUCAAGAUCCAGAGGAAGGUGGCAUUGAAGCGCCAGCACCACUUUUGACUGACACUCCUUAUGGACUUUAUGGUCCUCAUUCUCAGGAAAUUCCUUCUACUGUCACAAAUCUUGAUGAGGUUGAAACUCAAACUCCUGCCAAGGAAUUCCAAGGUGCUAGAUUUAAUACAGAUGAGUCCUACAACAACAAUGGUUAUGAUUCCAACAACAACGACAACAACAAUGGUUAUGAUUCCAACAACAACGACAACAACAAAGGUUAUGAUUCCAACAACAAUAACGAUGAUGGCUUCUCCGAGAAUUACAACAACAAUGGCUACUCGGAGAAUGCUAAUAACAAAAAUAACAAUGGCUACUCAGAGAAUUACAACAACAACAAUGGCUACUCUGAAAAUAACAACAAUGGCUACUCUGAAAAUAACAACAAUGGCUACUCUGAAAAUAACAACAAUGGCUACUCUGAAAAUAACAACAAUGGCUACUCCAAGAAUUACAACAACAAUGGCUACUCUCAGAGUUACAACAACAACAAUUUUUUCUCGGAGAAUUCCAACAACAAUGGCUUCUCCGAGAGUUACAACAACAACAACAACGUUUUCUCUGAGAAUUACAACAACAACAAUGGCUACUCUGAAAAUAACAACAAUGGCUACUCCAAGAAUUACAACAACAAUGGCUACUCUCAGAGUUACAACAACAACAAUUUUUUCUCGGAGAAUUCCAACAACAAUGGCUUCUCCGAGAGUUACAACAACAACAACAACGUUUUCUCUGAGAAUUACAACAACAACAAUAAUGAUAAUGCUUUCUCCGAGAAUUACAACAACAACAACAACCACAAAAAUGGCUACUCGGAGAACUACAAUCAGGCUAGCAGCUACAAUAACAAUAUGGUGGAAAGGCAAGGAUUAAGUGACACAAGAUUCUUAGAUAAUGGCAACUACUUUUAUAGCAACAAUGGUGAGAAAAUGUCAAUGGAAGAAUCUGAAAGACAGCAGGAAUAUCCAGACACUGAAGAUCAAUAUGAACUUCCUUGAAGAUAAACAUUAUCAGUUGGUCCAAAGAAAAGGGACAAACGCAGGGGACGUGAAAAUAGAUUUAAUUUACAGAGUUUGAUUGAAUUUUAAGUUAUUUUGAGUGUUUGUUUCAUUAGUUCCACUUGUGUCUGCAAACGCCUAUUUUUUCCUCAGGUAUAGUCCUGCAAAUCAGACCGAGGGAACUUUGUGUUGUUUAAUAUUUUCGGAUUUUUAAACUUAUUAUAAUGAUCUUGAAGCUUCACGCUUGAUUAUAAACUUG